UCGAAGAGGAGGUCUCCAGGCUGGCUGCCCGCGUAGCGGCCAGCUCGCCGGCGCUGGUGAGGGUGGCCGUGGGGGCACUGGCACGCAGCGGCAGCGCGAUGCCCUGUUCCGCCUCUUCGUGGGCACGAUCUGCGUGUUCGUCGCCGCAACAGUCCCCUACGUCGUUGCAUUCCGAGCCUGCACCGGGAAAUGCACCGUCGCCUCGGUGCUUUGGGAGAUCUUGCAAUAUUCCGGUAUGCUCUCCAUGCUUCUCAUGACGCCAGCGACGGCACUCUUCUUCCUUCGCGCCGCCGGCAGCGAGGUCAAGGAUGAUGUGGAAGAUCGCGUUCGUUGGUGGCCGCUACUCUGGUGGGCGGCUGUAGCGUUGUUCAGUGUGGCGAUGUUGGCGCAACUCAUCGGGGUCGUUCUUCAAAUGUAUGGAUUUCCAGAGGUUUCUUACCUUCUCCGCACCGCGGCUCUGUUGGGCAUGCUCCUACUCGUCACCUUCUUCUGCAUCCGUGCUAAUGUGGCGCUGUGGAGGAUGAAUCCACAAGAGCCGGCUGCAGUUGUUGUCGCAGUAGCUAGAUUGAUGUGUAUAGAGUAGUAAUCUAUCUAAUACUCCCUCUAGUGUUAAAAAACACCUUACAUUAUAGAACGGAGGGAGUAAUAACCAAUAACUACUCCCCUCUCUGUAUCAAAAUAUAAGUGGUUUUUUCACACUCUGAUAUUGUCAAAAAGCGUCUUGUAUUUUGAUACGGAGGGAGUAGUAGGCUUGGCUCAAUCUUCAACGCUAGUGCUGCUGUGCUGAUGCAGUCAGUCAGUAUGGUUGUUGUUGGUUAGUUACUAAAGUACUGGAGUAAUCUAUCUAACACA